AUGGUCCAACAUUUUGUCAGGCUGAUGCAAUCUGAAUUUGAAAUGAGUCAUGUUGGUGAAUUGGCUUACUUUCUUGGGCUUCAAGUCAAACAAAUGGAUGAUAUUAUCUUCAUCUCUCAAAGCAAGUAUUCUAAGAGUAUAGUAAAGAAGUUUGUCAUGGAAAAUGCUAGUCAUAAAAGGACAACUGCACCAACUCACUUGAAAUUGACUAAAGAUGAAAAAGGUGUAAAUGUGGAUCAAAGUCUGUACAGGAGUAUGAUUAGUAGUUUGUUGUAUCUCACAACUAACAAACCUGACAUUACAUUUGUUGUAGGAGUAUGUGCAAGGUAUCAGUCUGAAUCCAAAAUAAGUCAUAUUACUCAAGUGAAAAGGAUCCUGAAGUAUAUAAAUGGAACUAGUGACUAUGGAAUGUUGUAUUCCCAUAAUGCAAAUUCCUUGCUUAUAGGAUACUGUGAUGCAGAUUGGGCAGGCAUUGCCGAUGAUAGAAAUAGCACUUCUAGAGGAUGUUUAUUCUUGGGAAAUAAUCUUAUAUCUUGGUUCAUCAAGAAGAAAAAUAGUGUGUCUUAA